CGAACACGGAGCUUCUCAUCCCUCCUUGCCCGCCCUCUCCAGCGGAGGGAAGGUUGGCGGGGACUUACAAACAGAUUGGCGGGGCGGGAUAGCCAAUGGAAGGAGAGCAGAUGAACUGAAGGCCUUGUCCGCGGAGGCGGGACAGAGGGAGAGGGGCGUGCGCGGGGGCCAAUAAGAGAGGAGGGAGGAGGGUAAGGGACGGCCUUGGCUUCCAAUGGGCGGAGACGAAGUAGAGGAACUGGAGGUUGGAUUGGAGGGAGAGGAAGUGAUGCGCCAGGGGCGACAGGAGGUAGGUAGGAGGCGGGGGGGGGGGCUUGGGGGGGGAGAGGGGGGCUUUGGGGGGGAAAGAGUAUUUGGGGUUUUAGGGGGAAGGGGUCGAAAUGUGGGAAGGGGAUUUGGGGAAGGGGGUUAAAAUAGUUAUGUAAAAAAUAUGGGGGUGAACAGUGGGGCUUCCCCUCUUUGUGUGUCGGGGAGGGGGGGAGAAAGUGGGGCAGGGUUGGGGGUCAGGAAAGGGAAGAGGGUGUUGUGUGGGGCGAAUCGUCUCGUUUGAGGGGAAGAGGGAGGGGCACAGAGGAGGCAGGAGGGAGGGGGCCUCGCUGGUGGGGGGGGGUCCCCCAUUCGUUUGGGAGAAGGUAAAGUGGGGCGUGUUGGAGGGAAAGCUAGGGAGGGGGCAGAACUGGGAGAAGGAAUUUUUUUGGGGGCGGUGGGACCAGGCUGGGUCUUGGUUGAGAAGGUCAGAAGAGGGAAGAGUAUAUUUUUUUGGGGGGGGGUCUCUAUUGGGUAAGUAGGUGGGUGAAGGUGGAGAAGGGGAAGGUUGGACGUGAAGAGAAGGGAGAGAUCAGGCCAUCUCUCAUGGAUGCUUCAGCUGCAGUUCCUGCACUGGAGAGGGUUGGGCUAGAUGACCCUCGGGAUCCCUCACAACUCUAAUAAUAAUAAUAAUUUUUAUUUAUACCCCGCCCUCCCCAGCCAAUGCCGGGCUCAGGGCGGCUAACAAGCAAUAAUAAAAACAAGUUGAAUGAAUACAACUUAAAAACUAGAUUAAAAUACAACAUUAAAAUAUUGAAAUAUUAAAAUGCAGCCUCAUCACAGAAGGAGAAAGGAAAAAGAAACAGUCCUACGAUUCGGUAGUGGCAGUAGGGAGAUCGAGGGUUGUUCUUGGUGGCUCUGCCCUAGCUUGAUGUUCACGGUUGGAUGGAUAAAUGUGUUUGGUGGUGUUGUUUUUUUGAACUGAACACUAUAAAUUUGCCACUGGGCUGGUUUGCAUACUGAGCCUUCAGACUUCCUGCCUGCAAAGAAGCAGAAUGGCUUCCAGGUGAGCAGGCUGUGAGCAGAUGCUGUUCAGGCGGGCAAGUAAACUGUACAACUUCUGUGGGUUUGCUCGCCAAGCUGAGUUAAGGCUGACCUGUCACAAGAAGGGACAGCUGGCAUUGGAUGGCCUCUAGAGGCUGAGAUCUGCUUUGCACGUUUAGGUAUGAAAGUCCUGAAGUGGUAGACUGGACUGUACCACUUCGGUUGGUUCAUUUUAAAAUGCUCCCCUGUCUAAAGAGCUCUGUGCCAGAUGGUCAUAGUCAUCUAGUCCAACCCCCCUGCAAUGCAGGAAUCUCAUCUAAAGCAUCCACGACAGAUGGCCAUCCACACUCUGCUUAAAAAUCUCCAAAUGAGGAGAGUUCACCAUGUCUCGUGGGAGUCUAUUUCCCUGUCGAACAGUUCUUAUCAUCAUAAAGUUCUUAGAUGUUUGUAACUGAGAAUUGUAGAGUUGGAAGGGGUCAUCUAGUCCAACUUGAAUCCAUUGUUUUGGGUUUUACCCUCCUGAGCAGGAGAAAACAAGCUUGCCCCGUUUUCCAUGUGACAGACCUUUAGAUAACUGAAGAUGGCUAUCAUAUGUCCUUUCAGUCUCAUCUUCUCCAGACUAAACAUACCCAAGCACAUUCAUCCAGUGCUUUACCAACUGCACUGGCUCCUGGUGGAGUGCAGGGUCAGGUUUAAGGUGCUGGUUUUGACCUUUAAAGCCCUAUGUGGCUUAGGACCCACGUACCUACGGGACCGCCUCUCCUGGUAUGCCCCGUGGAGGACCUUAAGGUCCGCAAAUGACAACAUUUUGGAGGUCCCAAGUCGCAAGGUAGUUAGAUUGGUCUCAACUAGGGCCAGGGCCUUGUCAGUACUGGCUCCGACUUGGUGGAACGCUUUGUCACAAGAGACUAUGGCCCUGCGGGACUUGACAUCUUUCCGCAGGGCCUACAAGACAGAGCUGUUCCGCCUGGCCUUUGGUUUGGACUCAGUCUGACCCUUAUCUUUCCCUCCCCAUAUGGUUUUGAUUUAUGGGCUACUUUUAAAAUAAGGCUGCAUUUUAAAUUGCAUUUUAACCUGUAUUUUAAAUUGGUUCUCUCCCCCCCCCCCACUAUUAUGUUUUUACUGUAAUUUUACUGGUGUUAGCCGCCCUGAGCCCGGCUCUGGCCGGGGAGGGCAGAGUAUAAAUAAAAAUUAUUAUUAUUAUUAUUAUUAUUAUUACUAUUAUCUGUUCCUCAUAAGGCUUGGUUUCCAGACCCUAGACCAUCUUGGUCACCCUCCUCUGCAGAUUUUCCAGCUUGUCAAUAUACUUCUUAUAUUGUGGCGCCCAGAACAGGACACAGUACCCCAGAUGUGGUACAAUCCAUUCUGCCACCUCAUUAUUGUACAUGGGUAGGCCUACUCUAAAAGUGCCAUGAUCAUCAGACACUACAGCCUAGGAAAAUGAGAAAAGGGGUAUUCGAAUGGCUGGACAAGACAGGUGGCAAUUGCUUUUAAUUUGUAAUUUGCCUAGCAGGUUGCAGAAUCAUAGAAUUGUAGAGUUGGAAGAAAUCAGCCUAGCUGGUGUCGAAGUGACUUACAAUCAGGUUUAAAAACAUUAAAAAAUGUUUUUUUAAAAAAAAAAAACCAAAACAAAUGGCAACAACCACAGACUCUGCAGAAAACAGAGAAAAACAAGCAAUCACUCAAAAUAACGCUAAUGAAGCUACGACACAAUAGGAUCAUAUUCGGUCAAAUAUCAGGGAGAGGAGAAAUGUUUUAACCAGAUCCAUGUUGGUGUCAGGCAGGCUUCACUUUGGAGAGAGUUCCACAGGUGAGGACCCACAACCAAAAACGUCCUCUUCCUUUAUUAUUUCCUCUGAGCCACUUUCUGAGGGAAAACUCAGGGAAGCGUCUCUGGGGGAUGAUCUUGGGGUAUGAAUAGAGUCAUGCUGAAGGAUGGUAUUGGGUUCAGAGAGAAAGAGGGUAGCAAGAGGGCCACCCGCAUGAUGCUUCUUUGGCAACUUACCCAUUUCCAUUCCUAGGUGAGGCCCGCAAGAGAAGGAAUGUGCCUCUUGCCCUUCCCUGAGGCCAGAUGAACCUUGUAUCGAUGGCAGCUGUGGUGGCAGUGGCAGAGCCGGAGCUGAAAUGGGUGUCCCUGUGGCUCCGUGUCCGCUGGGUGGCGGUGCUGGUGGUCCUGCUGGCUGCACUCCUCAUGUUGCUACUCCCGUUGACGUCCGUGGAAGACCAGUACCAUGCCUUGUACAAGAGUUUGUCCUUGCUGAAGAGCAAGCUGGGAUUGGGCUACACAGGGAUCACCACGUACACAGGGCAGACGACGGACCUCAGCGUCACCUCGGGUGGAUUGCAGCUGCUGGUGUUGAAGCCGAAAGCCUCCCAAGGUAUGGGAGGGGGAAGGGGAGUUUCUGGGCUCCAAUAAAUUUCUGUGUUGAUAGCAGUUCAAGUCCACACAACAGGGUGAGCUCCUGUUGCUCUAUCCCGGCUCCUGCCAACCUAGCAGUUCGAAAGCAUACCAGCGCAAGUAGAUAAAUAGGUACCGCUGCGGCAGGAAGGUAAACGGUGUUUCUGUGCGCUUUGGUUUCCAUCACGGUGUCCCAUUGCGCUAGAAGCAGUUUAGUCCUGCUGGCCACAUGACCCAGGAAGCUGUCUGGACAAACGCCGACUCCCUUGGCCUGAAAGCAAAAUGAGCAGCACAACCCCAUAGGCACCUUUGACUGGACCUAACCAUCCAGGGGUCCUUUGCCUUUUUAAAAAAAACCUUACUACUUAUUAUUAUUACGACAAUUAUUUUAUUAAUCACCUCCUAAACUGCUACAGUGGAACCUCAGUUGUUGAAUGCCUCCAUAGUUGAGCAUUUCGGCUUUCAAACGCCGAAAACCCGGAAGUAACUGCUCCGGUUUUCGAACGUUUUUCGGAAGCUGAACGUGCGGUGUUGCUUCCAUUUUGAGUUGCCCUAUUGUAUUGAGGCUUCUAUGUUGAGUUUUUGGUUUUCGAACGUUUCGGUAGUCGGUCUUCUGGAACAGAUUACGUUCGAAAACAGAGGUUCCACUGUGUAUCAAGGUGAUUUAUAUAUAAAAUAAUUAAGAACAGUUUAAAAACAAUGCAUUUAAAAUAAGACUGAAGGUAACAAAUGGACAUUCAUGGUAAAGACCCCUUUAUCCAGCUGGAACAAAAAUGCCUUUCAACUCUUUCUGGAGCAGGUGCCUGUUAUAUCUCAACAGGAAUGCUGUUCUACAGAUCAGGGGCCACUGCGCUAAAGGUCCUGUGAAGUGGGCUUCGGCGUUCUUAGGAACUUGCAGAAGAAACACUCUCACAGUGAUCUACUGAUUGUGUAAGGGAUAAGUAACCUGGUCCCGUGCUAUAUAGGGACUUAAAACAGCACCUUGAACUUGGCCUAUAAGCAAAUUGACAGCCAGUGCAAAUCCCACAAGCAAGAUGGUUUAUUUGUAAUAUUCUGUGGUAUAUUUCUAUCCCUGCAUUUGAUAUUUGAAAAGCAAUAGCUCAUGUGUUAAUAGUAUAGCGCAACUUCAAAAUACAACUUCGCCCCACAGAGUUUAAGGAAGUUGGAGUGAGUUGAAAAGAGUACAUCAGCUGCUAAGACAAGAGGGCUCUUGCAUUAAUCCAGGAAUCAGACAUCACAUAAAGAACAGCAGUUCCAGCAUCCAUGCAAAAAGAGCUGAGUCUUUGAAUAACCAGGUAGACAGGAGGGUAAUAUAGCAGGCUGGAAUUCCUUUAUCACAGCUCUCAUCUUCCUUAACUGUUGGCCAUUCUGGCUGGCACCAAUAGGAGCUGGAGGAAAACAGCAGCUGCAAGAGCCAUGGGUUCCCCACUCUGCUCCAUAGCACACCUUUCUGCAAUGUUAAUCCUGGUUGCUUUUUUUCAGAGGUCAGGUUAGAAGCCAGAGCAGCCCUGAACCAGGCGCUGGAGAUGAAGAGGCAAGGUAAAAGGGAGAAAGCCCACAAGCUUUUCUUGCACGCCCUCAAGAUGGACCCUGAUUACGUUGAUGCCUUGACCGAGUUUGGCCUCUUCUCUGAAGAAGAGAAGGACAUAAUUCAGGCUGACUACCUGUAUUCCAAAGCCCUGACCAUCUCCCCCCGUAACGAGAAGGCUCUGAUCAAUCGCGACCGGACAUUGCCCCUCGUUGAAGAGAUUGACCAGAGGUACUUCAGCAUCAUCGACAGCAAAGUCCAAAAGGUCAUGUCCAUCCCAAAAGGCAGCUCUGCUCUCCGCAGGGUGAUGGAAGAGUCUUACUACCACCACAUCUACCACACGGUGGCCAUCGAAGGGAACACCUUGACGCUUUCUGAAAUACGGCACAUAAUCGAGACGCGGUACGCCGUUCCCGGCAAGAGUCUGGUGGAGCAGAACGAGGUCAUCGGCAUGCAUGCCGCCAUGAAGUACGUCAACACCACACUGGUGUCCAGAAUUGGGUCCGUGACCCUCACGGACAUCUUGGAGAUUCACAGGAGAGUGCUUGGCUACGUGGACCCAGUAGAGGCUGGCAGGUUUCGGACUACCCAGGUCUUUGUAGGGCACCACAUCCCCCCGCACCCUUGCGACGUCGAAAAGCAAGUGCUUGAGUUUGUACAGUGGAUCAACUCCGAAGACGCCAUGAGCUUGCACCCGGUUGAAUUUGCCGCCUUGGCCCAUUACAAACUGGUCUACAUCCACCCCUUCGUGGAUGGCAACGGCAGGACUUCACGCCUCUUGAUGAACCUCAUUCUCAUGCAGGCGGGCUACCCACCCAUCACCAUCCGCAAGGAGCAGCGGGCAGAGUACUACCACGUCUUGGAAGUGGCCAACGAAGGCGACGUCAGGCCCUUCAUCCGUUUCAUUGCCAAAUGCACCGAGACCACUUUGGACAUGCUGCUCAUAGCCACAACUGAGUAUUCCGUUGGGUUGCCCGAAGCACAUGGCAGCACCACGGUUUGCAAGCAGACCAUCCCCGUCAAAACCCGAACAUGAAUGCCAGUGUCGGGGUCGGAACCUGCUUGGCAUUAUCAAACACACGACUACUGGCACUUUCUUUUAAGCAUUUCAUUUAUUUAAAUAAGUUUUAAGUUAAAUCUUGGGGGGGGGGCAGAAUAUUUCAAUAUUUAUUAUUCCCGAGAUAUAUAUAUUUUUCAGUUUCACUGGCUUUAUUAUGGGAAGGGGAGCAAGGCAGCGCUCUGAGGUGGAUUCAGCCAAGGACAUCUUUGCAAAUUGACAUCACUGUGUUUAAGGGAAACUGUUCUGCAAUGGACUUCUCAGCCAGCGCUCAUUGGACAAGAAAAACCUGUUGUUUGUUUGCCUAGGACAUUCUGGCUGAGGGGUCCCUUCCAACAAAGCAGUUCAGUUUGCCUUGAAGGCAUGGUGAUGCCCAAAUUCAGUUUGGGAGUGAGGGCUGUAUUUGACUGAAUCUACCCCAGGCUGUAUUUCAGAUCAGGGAGUGGCUAACCAGUGGUCUCCAGGUGUUGUUAGACUCCAACUCCCAUCAGCUCCAGCCAGGACAUCCCAUGGCCAGGAACGAUGGGAGCUGUAGUUGACUCAGUGCUGCAGAGCCACAGGUUAGCUACCUCUGCUUUUGACUGCAUAUUGCUUUACCCCAUUUUUGUGUCAGUUUGUAUUCCAAACCUGAAACCCAACAUAUUUCCCUUUUACCCCAUAACUGUGGGACCUAAGAUGUUCUUUCUUCAUAACACAGGCUUGCCUAUUUACCCUCCCUGCCCCCGAUUCAAAAAUAGCGGGGGGGAAUACAACACUCCUGUGAGACAUUUUGAUUGGGGCACUGAAAGGAUACCACACAUAAUUCUGCUGGUGCUGGAGCCUUUUUGGAAAAGACAACUUGAUGAUACAGCAGGGAAAACUUGGGAUAUGUGGGGGAUAAGGAAGGUUUGCUGUUCAAAAGUUGGACCCCCUGUGUACAUACAUGUACAUGUAUGUAAGAGCCCUGGUUUGGUAGUGUUCACUUGUACAGAGUUGAUUUCAUGGCCUGGCAUAUAUCCACUAUUUUUAAAAAAAAGGUAUCUAAAGAAAAUUUGAACAGAUAACAGAUCUGUUAUCACCCCUUUUUGAUAGCACUUUACAAACUCACUUGACUUGCCAAUAAAGAAAUGGUGCUAAGCAUUGCACCCGAUUUGCGAAAGACAAAUUUGUACAUGCGUGAUAUUGCUAAUAUCCAGCACUUAGACAUACGUGCAGUAUUAAGCGGCAGAAGAGUGGAGUCUGAAAGCGCUUGCCCUUUUCUCCAUCUCACACCUCAUUCUCUGCUCCUCUAUCUACUGUCCUAGUCUUCCCACUGAAAAACGCGAUCAUACAAAGCACUACGAAAGAAAUGUAUUAGAAUUGAAUGGAUCAAAUUUAAGAAAUCAAGUACGCAGAGGUGCCAGAGGGAGAGUAACCUACAGGGGUCAUCUGUGCCAUUAAAGCACUGCCUAGAUGAGAAUAUGCUGAUCAAACAGUAUGUAGCAGGAGAAGCUCUGCCUUUGCCAGCCUGAGGUCGGCCAGGUGUUUUAGGCUGCAACUUUAAUUCCACUCUUAAAUGCAAUAAGGUUGAUAAAACUUUUAAUAACAAAUAUGAACUAUACUGGGGAUGCGGGUGGCGCUGUGGGUUAAACCACAGAGCCGAGGACUUGCCGAUCAGAAGGUUGGCAGUUCGAAUCCCCGUGACGGGGUGAGCUCCCGUUGCUCAGUCCCUGCUCCUGCCAACCUAGCAGUUCAAAAGCACAUCAGAGUGCAAGUAGAUAAAUAGGUACCGCUCCGGCGGGAAGGUAAAUGGCGUUUCCGUGCGAUGCUCUGGUUUGCCAGAAGCGGCUUAGUCAUGCUAGCCACAUGACCCAGAAGCUGUACUCCGGCUCCCUUGGCCAAUAAAGCAAGAUGAGUGCCGCAACCCCAGAGUCGGUCACGACUGGACCUAAUGGUCAGGGGUCCCUUUACCUUUUACCUUACCAGCCUGAGGUCUGCCAGAUGUUUUAGGCUGCAACUUUAAUUCCAGAACUCUUAAAUGCAAUAAGGUUGAUAAAACUUUUAAUAACAAAUAUGAACUAUACUAUGCCUGGAUAGGCUUGCUGAAAUAAGGUUUUCAGGAGACGCAGCUUCUGGCUGGCUGGGGCUGAUGGAAGUUAUAGUGCAGAACAUCUGGAGGGCCCUACAUUGGCAAGGGCUGCUAUAUGGCAUUGUGAAUUAAGCAUUCUCUGUUGCACAACUCUUUUUGAAUAGUACUGGAGUGCUAUGCACUAUGGCAAAGAUGGGCAGAAGGAAGAUUAAGAUCUGCUGGUAGAGCUCUGGCUGUUUUGCAGAUGGGCAAGGUCUCUGUCUUCCAAUAAUAGGGACAAUGAUUUUUGCACCAAAAUAAGGCUUCUGAAAUUAAGAAAACUAAUAGUGAACUGUUCAGUUCAGUUCUUGUACUAAAAACGAAUUCUUUAUUUCAAAAUGUGCUCAGUUGCAUUGUUCUAACUGUAUGACUUUUGCACCUGGUUUUGGUUGGAUCUUGGAGCCCUAGUUUUAAAAAAAUCAAAUCAAAUCUGACGUCUGCCCAUGCCUGCACUAUGGUAUCUGGUUUUACACAAAGCACUGUGUGACUAUAGCUGAGAGUACGAUCCUAAUCACAUUUAUGGAGUUUGCCUCAUUGACUUCAGCGGGCUUAUGCAACAGUUAAGCAUGCAAAGAUGUGAAUUAGGGAGGAAUCUUCAGUUGUGUAGUCUCCAAAAAAACAAGGCAGUUAAAGAAUUGCAGUUCCAUUUAUAAGGGGGCCUGCCUUUUAUAACCACACCUGAGCAGUGUUUUCUGUUGAUUGUGGGGGCAUGAGUACUACCAGAGAACAAGAGCAGGCGAAUUUGAAAGACCUAGCACACACACACACAGUUGAAUGGAUGAAAAUUCUACACUUUGGCUAUCUGUUAAGAUAAAGAUGAGAGAUAAGGAGAUGCACUUCAAUAAUUCUUGACAGUGAUUAAACCAGGCUGAAGUGCAGAAGUUGUCUUUUCUUUUAUACUAAUAGGUUGUGGUCGUCAGAACAGAACCUGGCCUUGAGAGACUUGCAGCCCGUUCUCACAUAUAUUUCAGAGUCAAUUCCACCGCUUUUAAGGGAUUUUAUGCUCAAGAGCUGAAGAUCCCGGCCUUAAGAAUCAAGUUGCCUUCCUUUACCUCCAUAAGAGAUUCCAUUUAGGGGUAAUUAGCCGCUGACAUACGUAACGUGGAAAUUGUGACCCUCAAGUCAGGAGAAAGCAUUCUGGAAAACACUUCGAACGUGAAAUUGUGACCCACAGGUUUAGGAGGACGUGAAAUUAUGAAAAAACAUGUGAAAUCACUUCUGGGUGUUUUGAACUUUUUUUCUGGGACUCUGUUUUCUUUUACAAUUCUGUCUGUUGCAUUUAGGGUGCUUCCCAUUCUUUUUAAGUGGACAGGAGCGGGUGGCUGGUACUUAAAUGAGGCAAGCCAGGGAAAUACGGAGGAGGGUGGCCCCUGUUGCAUUCACACACUUUCUCCUUUUUUUUACCC